AUGUCGGCAUACGCGCCGGUGGUUUUGGCUGCUCUCCUUGCAGCUGUCUUGGCAGCAUGCACGUGGGCCCAGACCUUCUUGGCACCAUCGCCCCGGCUGUCCAGCAAGGCGCAGCUCAAUGCUCACUCUAGAGGCCGAAGCAACAGCACCCUGCAGUGCCCUGCGAGGGCGGAGCAAGCUGUGCCUGCAGCGCCGCUGGCGCUUGCAAUGGCCUCUCUGGGAGCCCUCGCUGCCUCCGUUGCACGCAGACGGGGACAGGGAGCUCACUCCCGGUCUUCCAUGGUGGCAUGUCGCGCCACAGUGGCGCAGUGGAACUCCAGGGUGAAGCGCAUUGAAGGCGGCAGGGCCAUCUUCGAUGUCACCAUAACCAAGCCUUUGGGCAUCACGCCCAAGGAGUUUCCAAACCGGCCGGGCGUGGGCAUCGCUGGCAUCAAGACAGGCGGCAACACGGACCUCUGGAACAAGGAGGUUCUGCUCAACGAUGCCGAAGGCAUGUUUGUCCUCGAGGGAGACGAGGUGGUAGCUGUCAACGGCACAUUCUGCGAAGGCGGCGAUUUGAAGACCGUCAGCAAGCUAGUCAAGGAGUCCGAAGGUGAUAGCGUGACCUUGAAGCUGGUUCGCAACUACCUGCGAGGGCCUGUCAAGAUCGUGUGGAAGCCGUCAUUGAAAAUGGCGACGUACAAACGCAAAGCUCUUCUUCGCGCGUGCGAGGAGACCCUGGGAGCCAACGUGCGGUAUUCCUGCGAGGAUGGCUGGUGCAGUUCCUGCUGGCAUGCGGAAGAGACGUACAUGACUGUCUUUCGGAUCUGCAAGAUGGACGUCCCUGAGAAGUGGGACAAUGUUGUGCCCUUUGUCUUGCUGAGUGCGCUGGAGGUGAAAAACACGAAAGGUGUGCUGGUCAAGAACCUGAUGCGGCUCGUAUGCAAGCCUUUUCGGCCAGGUGUGUGCGGGUCACCGAAACACGACAUGCCGGUCUGCUAG